GAGGAAUCAUGUCCUGAACCAGGUUGGGUUUUUAGAGCAAUCAUAUCCUUAUGUCCCUGUAAAAAACAGGAGAGAAAUGAUGAGCCUUGGAUGGGAAGCUCUUAGCUUGAUCAUUGGCUGGUAGAUUCCCAGACGUGAUCUGAGCCACCAAAAUGGGGUGCCUGAUUUAGGGCUCUGACUUUAGACUCAGACAGUUCGAGGGGGAAGGGACCGGUUCAACCCAUUAUAGGUGAGGAAACUGAGGCCCAUAGAAGUCAAGUACCUCACCCAGAAACACAGCAUGGCCAGCCAGGGAGUGGCAGCAAUAAAACGCCCACUCUGGUUAUUCCUGUUCCAUGAUCUCAAGUCAUUACCUUGUUUAUGAAUGUGUUUGUGAAGUUACACAGAGCCAGCAGGGAAGACCAGCACCCUGGCCACAUCCACCUCACCUAACCCAGAGCAUGUGCUGGCUGCCUUCCAUUUCUGGUAGUGGGGAUUCUGUGCAUAGCACUUCUGGUGGACAGUCUGCUUCAGGACUUCAGGACAGUGCUCCUGCAUGCUCUUCAUUCAACUGUACGUAGGCCCAGGGUUAGCUUAGCCUAAUGUUUUAGUUGUUAUGGUUAUUAGAGAUGUUUUGGUUUUGAGUAUUCAGACCAUGUCCCAGUCUCUGUGCUAGGGGCUGGGAUUACAAGUACAAGCAGAAAGAAAGAUAGUCCCUGCCCUCCAGAAGCUUACAUUCAAAUGGAGGGAGACAACACUGUAAAAGGGAACUAAAAAGAAGAGGACGAAGGGAAUGGUAGAGAAAGCUGCCUGGAGAGGAAUGAGGCCUUGACCAGCCUGUGUAUCCUUUUCACUGGAGGCCAAGGAGCCAGCCAGCCCUCCUGAAGGAAGGGCUGCCAGGUAAAGGGGAUGUCCGGGUCUGGAGCGAGGCUGGAAGAGCAAGAGGAUGUUCGCAGCCAGUCACGGAAAACAAUGCCAGAUUUUCCAAAUCCAGCCCUUAGAAACAUUUCCAUGUUGGGUUGUGGUUACUCUUGUCAGUUCCAGAUGGACAAGCUGCUCAUUCAAAAGAGCUACUAGAUUCCUGGUGCUGGGACUUUGUUUAAUGAAGAGUUAAGGGACUGGAAAGCCCGCAAAAGGCUCCCUGCCAACUCUACCCCCAUUGAGCAGCCUGCCCCCCUCACGAGGCCUGCCCCGCUCAAGGCCGAGGGGCAGGUUGUGCUUUUUCACUGAGUCCUGUCAUCUUUUUUCCCAGGGCAAAAAGCACGCUCAAAAGGUUAGACUUUAUUUCCAAAUUCAUGGGGAGCAAAAUGAAGCCCAGGGGACUGAUAAAAGAGGGCAGCUGGACUUUCUCACUGGCCAGUUCCCCAGUUGUUGCUCAGUCUCACUAUUUGGGGAAAGUUCAUGCCAGAAAGUUGAAGCAGUUAAUGGGAGAACAUGCUCAGACGUCUCCACCAAGUUCUCAGCCAGACAAGGCAGGUCUUCCUGUUGCUAGUUGUGCCAGGCCAGAACCACAGCAGCCCACUUCUGAUGGAGCUUCCCCAGAAGGGGCCAUGGAAGAAACUCCCCUGUCCUGUGGCAGCCCCACUUUGGAUCUGAACGAUCCAGACAGAUACUGCGAACUCUGCUGUGCAUCCUUUAAUAGCCCGCUCAUGGCGCAGCAGCACUACCUGGGCAAGAAGCACAAGAGGAGCGAGACCCGGAAGAAGAUCCUAGAAGAGAUCGGGCAAAAGACGCUCCCUGCUGAGUCUGCAAGCAGUGCACUUGGUGUGGGUAACUACAUCUGUCCCAUUUGUAGUAUCACCCUUACAUCUAUAGAAAUGUACCAGUCCCACAUGCAAGGAAAUAAACACCAGAUUAAAGAAUCCCUGGUUGUCAAUCUGAUGAAGAAUUCAAAGAGAACCUUUCACUCUUUCCAAGAUGAGCUGGCCGACUACAUCCAGGUACAGAAAGCCCGAGGGCUGGAGCCCAAGACUUACUUUAGAAAGAUGGCGGAGGAGCACUUUGAGAUGGACAAGCACAAGGAGGAGCGAGAUGCCAGGCCCCAAAGUGUACUGGCGGCAUUUGAGCAGAGACUCCCACCCGAGACUUUCCAGGCCUGCCCAGGAACGUAUGCCCUCACUCGAACAGUAGAGAACACACUGUCCCAUUGGUCACCAGUCCAUGACAGCAGACUCAGGCUGGAAUCUCUUGGCCACUGCCAGCCCAGCAAGGAAGAGUUCUCAGAAAAAUUAAUGGCCUUGGGGCCCACUCAGCAGGAUGAUAACUCAGGCCCAUCCAGCAUCUCCUCUGACAACAGUACCAAUUCCUACCAAGCGGGUCAUAAACCAAAAGUGACUCACCAGAGGAAGAAGAGGCAUCCAAGGGACGAGAGAGAAGUCCGGCCAAAUGAGGAAAAGAAGAGGAAGAAAACCAUGGAGGACAAAGACUCAGGCAAAGACCACAAGGCCGUCCGGAGGAGGAAGGCAGAGGCAGAUGCCACCAGUGUACGAAAGCCUAAGCAUAGGAAAGAGAGAAGAAAUCAGGAAGUAGCCACCGACAAAGAAGACCGCCGACACCGGAAGGAGAAGAAGAAGCCCCUGCCCAGGAGGACAGAGGAGGAGAUGUUGUGGGACGAGUCCAUCCUGGGCUUCUGAGGCUUCUCGGCUGAUGAGAGGUACCUGAUGGCAACAUGGCCUCAGACCACCAGCCAUCAAGAGGCUACCAGAAGGUCAUUGGCCUUCAGCACUUUAAAAUGAGGAGAAAUAACUUCUCUUAACAUUUUCUAAAAAUGAUUUCAUGAAAAUGCCUUGUUUUUUCUAGGUAAUGCUGCUUCAUUUUGUAUGGAAGACUACUUUUUUUCCCCAGGUGGCAAUGAUAUCUUUAAGUUAUCCUUUAUUUCAAAUGACCUUUCUGAAUUUCUUUCUUGCUUAGGUUCCUGUUUUAGUAUGAGUUAAGGUUUGGUGUUUUGUUUUUGCUUUGUUGUUUUUUUAUGGAGCAGUGUAGGAUUAUUUUUUCCAUGUUUAGACUUAAUUUACAGUGUAUUUUCCAGGUCUGAAAGUACAAAUGACAUAGGAUAAAUUCAGAUAGACAUAGUUCAAAAUGUUCUCAAGUAAAUAAUACUGAUGAGAUUUCAGCAUGAAUUCGGGAAGUGUUCAUAUUAAAAAUAUUCUAAUUUUAUGUGCUAUUCUAUAUAAAUGAUGUCUUCCCUUUAUAAUAGAGUUGUAUCUUUCACUGAA